UAGCUCUUCAAAGUGUCAAGUUAGAAUCUUCUCCGAAACUAACAACCUCCGAAAAUGAAGACUAUCGUCGCUUUGAUGUUCGCCACAUUGACCAUCGCCGCUCAGGGUUCAUACGUCCAAUCGGUGUGGCCUUCCAACUCACUCGGCUGGAAUUCCUGGAACGGAUUGAACAACGGCUGGAGCGGUUGGAACAGCUGGGAUGAUCACAGCUCGGUUGCCUGGCCGCUCGCAUCCGGACGUACGUGGCCAUCGGCAGCAUGGCCAGCUGCUUCUCUCUACAACCAGGGCUGGAAUGGAUGGUACGCACCGAAAACAACCGUCGUCCAGGCCAACAUUGCCAAGGUCAACCCGUGGGGACUGCCGUGGGCUUCCUACGGACAUGGUUACAAUAAUUAUCUGGGAGAAGUCCCAACUGCCAUUGCUGCCAAUCCGGGAGCGGUUCACGUGGCUCCACUCGUUGGACAUGCCGUCAACCAGAAGCUGAUUGUUGCCUAACCGUAGUACAGAUUCUUUUUUUUUUGCGAUUGUGAU